GUUGCCUCUCAGCUAAAUAGCUAUUUACGGGAUUACCAGAACCAUUCCUUUAGGAUCUCCCGCCGAACAUAUAAACAACGAUUCCCCGAAUGUAUAGGUUAUUUAGCUGUCAGUCCCAACAGCUUUCUGCUCCAUUGGGUAGGAUUGCCUGGCCACAGCACAAUCGCAAAACUAUUACUACUCAGCUAGGUCGGCCAGCGCUCAGAGCAGCCAGCACCAUGCCGCCGCAAACAAUAAUUGCAGAAGCAGCUCGAAAUGCUCGGGCCGCCACACAUGAUUUCCGAAGCGACACUGCCACUCUGCCAACCAGCAGCAUGCUGUCAUCAACCAUUACCGAAGCCCCGCGCUACGGGGACGACGUCUUCUCCCAGGACGAGCCCACGAGCGCCCUAGAGACUUACGUCGGGGAAUUGACGGGACUGGGAAAUGCCCUCUUCGUCUCAUCGGGCACGAUGGGCAACCAAUUGGCUCUCCGCGCGCUGUUACAUCAACCACCUCACUCUGUCGUCUGCGGCCGGCAGAGUCACGUCUUCGUGCACGAAUGCGGCAUGGCCUCUAUGUUUUCACAAGCGCAUCUCAUCCCCGUGCUAAGCAGUCCGCACAUGAGUGAUAGCAAUACCAAUAACGAGCAGCAAAAGUCAUACAUGACUCUAGAAUCUAUCAUCCCCAACAUUGUCCCCGCCGACGGCGAGAUCCACGGCUCCCCAACGCGCAUCAUCGCGCUGGAAAACACACACAACGGGCAAAUCACCCCCGUCUCAGAAGUCAAGCGCAUAGGGGAAUACGCCCGCCAGUGCGGGCUAAAAGUACACAUGGACGGCGCCCGGCUCUGGAACGCAUGCUAUCCACCCUCCAGCGCCGGAAUGGCGCCCGCACAGGCGGCGGAAACCGCCAAAUCAUUACUCCGCGAAUACUGCUCGCACGUGGACACGGUCAGUUUGUGUUUCUCUAAAUCCCUAGGUGCGCCUGCGGGCUCCAUCCUGGCCGCCAGGUCGCCAGAGGUGAUUGCCCGCGCCCGUCAUCUGCGCAAAGCACUGGGCGGCGGGAUGCGGCAGACCGGGAUCCUUACGGCGCCUGCGCGCGUGGCGAUUGACGAGGUGUUUCUGGCCGGUGAGCCGUUGUUGCGAGCCAAUGCGGUAGCGAGGGAAUUGGAGGAGGAGUGGGUGGCGCUGGGAGGCGCUGUGAUGACUGGCCUUGCCCAGGAGACGAAUAUGGUUUGGUUGGAUUUGGGAAGGGCGGGGGUUGCGGGGGAGGAGCUUGAGAAGAUUGCGGAGGAAGAAGGGGUGCGCGUCUACGCGCCGAGGAUUGUAACGCAUUAUCAAAUAAGCGCGGAUGGCCUGGCUGCUAUGAAACGGGUCCUUAAGCGGACCAUGGAAUUGAGCAAGAAGAAGAAGAGUGAGGGUACGGAGCUGCCCAUGACGGAGCAUCAGGUGUACUCUUACAAAACCAAGAAAAGCUGAAUGAAUUAAUUGAUGGUCUCCAUUUGAUUUUACAUGAUCCAAUGAUGAAAUGUUUAUUUAUUAACUACAAGCAUCAAACGCUCGCUUACGCUCGCUUUGCUGCUUGCGCAGCCCCUUACCACCCCUGCCCCUCUACCACCACCACAGCCCCUCCCGGCCGGCAGCCCCUUUUACCACUUCCACCCCCUAUCCCUCCCCCCCCCCCCCCCCCUUUACCACCCCCUAUCACCCCUAUCACCAUCAUCAGAUUAAUCAGAGCUGUACAGGCCGCAGAGCCGGCUGUUCAAUCCCAUGAAUUCAAAGAGAUGCACAUGACAUCACAUGAGGUCACAUUUAGACUGGCCGGCGGGACUAUGAAUUUCACAUUUGAUCUCAUUUGAUCUGGUUGUAUACAUUUUGUAUGGCAAUUUGGCCCAGGGUUGUGGUGUGAUAGAGGUGAACAGGGGAUAAUCCCACACAGGAGUUUUGAACAACAUCUGGUUCACAUUUGGCUGGAUAACUCCACCACCACAUGGGGUAUGCGGUCGGCGAUGGGGUCAAAAUGCUUGUAUGAUUGAGGGCUUUUCGAUGGAUCUAUCAGCGGGUUCUUAUUCGAAAAAUUGAGCGAGUUCGUGGUGGAGCGGUUGAGUUCUAGUAUAAGAUUAUGUAAGUUCUGUAAGUGAUCUAGUAAUAUCUGAGAAGUUUCAUAU